AAACAAAAGCGCACAUGUUUAUGAUAUUGCCUGAUCUAUGCCUAUUACUAUUAGUAUUAUAUGGUUUAUCUCAUUCCCCGGGUGGCAAUGCAUUCAAUUGCAAGACACCCACUCUGUAAGGCAGUGUUGAUCACCACAGUUGGGCUUCGUAGGACUUCCCAUGUGGGUUAUGCAUGGAUUCUCCAGAGACAACAUUUGCUGAACUGUGCAAAUAACCGACAGUGGACUGACAUUUCUAAUCCUUCAUUGUUGUCGCCACAUCUCAACAGCACAGCAAAACAACCAAAAAGAGGACUGUGGUGGUGGCUGAACGCGAUCUUCAAUAUGGUAUCAAAAGAUCGAAUCAGGGAGGUUGGGCCUGAUAGAGCUUGUGUAGAAUGGCUGAUGCGUUGUGGGGCAUUUGUAAAAUUCAAGGACUAUGAGCGUUGGCAGACAGACUACAACUCUCUACCUGGUGGUGGGUUUGAAAAGUACAAAAUUGAGAAGAUAGAUGCCACUGAUUCAGCUGUGAUGAGUGUAGGCUUUCCACAUUUAGAUGGCUGCAAGCAUGUGAAGUGGAUCCGUCUGAAAAGCGCUCGCUCGGUAAAUGAUGAAGCAAUGCAGCAACUACAUUACGUAAAGGAUACACUGGAGCAUUUGGAGGUUGUCAGCUGUGGCAAUGUCUCUGACAAGGGGCUGAUGGCCUUACAACAAUUCAAGAAUCUUAAAUAUCUUCUCCUGUAUGAUCUGCCAGAGGUUAAGGACAAGAAGGGAUGCCUGAGAAUUCUCCAGGAUGCUCUCCAAGGGUGUGUGAUUGAGUACCCAGAGAACAUUGUACGCGGAGAGAGACAGAAAGAAAAGGAAGAAAGGGGCAGCCAAAACCAGGAGUAACUUGUUAUGAACCUAACCAAAUAUUUUUUAUUUGUCUUCCUAGUAACAGACAGAUGUUUCUAUUAUUUUGUAUUUUGCAUUGUAAACUAUACAAGAAGUGGAUACGUUUCUAUUGUGAACUGAAUUGAUUAAUCUGUGGCCAAAUAUUUGUAAAAUAAUUAGUGUACAGACAAUGUUGGUAUGUAUUUAUUGUGUAGUGCUACUGUAGGCAUAGUAUUUAAUUUUACUGUGUCAGGGUUCUGAACUGUUAAAUUUACCUACUCUAUGUAGAGGUUUAUUAUAUGAGUCACGCUCAUAUAAUAUGAAUAUGAAGCCUGAUAUCUCAACGUUGUUUUUGGAGAAGUGUAUGUAAUCAGAAUAAAUUAGGAACAGUUUUGUUCGGUUUGUAUGAUAAUA